AUGUAUCCGAACAACCAACAUCCGUCUAUGCCACCGCCGCAGCAACGAAGCGUGGUCCCAGAGACCUUUCUCCUCGACCACGAUGCGCAGCAGAGCUUGCCAGCAGACUCUGUGGUCGCUCUCCAACAAGUAGAUAACCUCAAGUAUUUCCUCAUAUCAGCACCGGUAGACUGGAGCCAGGAUCAAUAUAUUAGACGGUUCCUGCUGCCCACUGGAGAAUACGUCUCCUGCGUUUUAUGGAACAAUCUCUUCCAUAUCUCCGGCACUGACAUUGUGAGAUGUCUUGCUUUCCGCUUCCAGGCAUUCGGCCGUCCGGUCAAGAACUCGAAAAAGUUCGAGGAGGGCAUAUUCUCAGACUUGCGCAACUUGAAGUCCGGUACCGAUGCUUCACUUGAGGAGCCAAAGAGCGCGUUCCUGGACUUCAUGUACAAGAACAACUGUAUUCGUACACAGAAGAAGCAGAAAGUAUUUUACUGGUACAGCGUGCCGCACGACCGGCUCUUCCUGGAUGCGCUCGAACGAGACCUGAAGAGGGAGAAGAUGGGACAAGAGCCAACCACGGUGGCUGUCAGCGAGCCUGCUCUGUCUUUCGAGUUCGACUCUUCGCAGUCGCUGUUCGAGCAGCUCACCAAGGCUCAGCAAAGCAACCAAUCUACCUUCAACGCCCAACCUUCAUCUAUGCCACCAUCACACUCGGCAUCGCCUGUCCUUCGACCGGCCGAUUCAAUGCCACCACCUUCGAUGCUCCCACAGCAACAUGCCUCUGGACUACCGCCGCCACCACCAACCUCAAUACCAAUGCCACAACACAGUAUGGCACCAGCAAUGCAUAACGAGCCCAUGACACAGAUGCCAACAUACUCUCAGAUGGCAAUGCCCCCGAUGCCUUCGCAGAUACAAAAGACUCGUGAGCAUUCGAUAGGCCCAGUCUUCGAUCGCAACGGUGUGCCCUUGUCACAAGUGGCAAAUAGGCACAGCUCGAUGCCCGCGUAUAUGGAAUACUCACCAGCGCCGUCUUUCGUUUCCUCACAUUUCGAGGACUACAGCCAACGCGGCUUGUCGUUCGAGCCCCUCACGCCACCGCAACACUCCAUGGGUAUGCUACAUGAGCCCGCUUACGUCGGCAACGAAGAUACUGGCCUGUACACCGCGAUUCCUGAUCUGGGCAUGCAACAGCCUUUUAACCCACUUAUGUCUGGACCUCAGGGCAUGGCCGGAGCUCACUACCCAUCUAUGGCUCGCAGCUACCAGCCUCAGCAAGCCUACUCCAUCCUCGAAGGCUCACCGACGUAUAAGCAGCGUCGACGAAGACCCUCGCUCACACAGGGUGGCAUGGCGCCUGUCAGCGUCACAUCAGCUGGCAUGGUAUCUGCCCAUGCUGUACACAGGCCGAGCGAUCUGAGGCGCUCUAUGUCAAGCUCUGUCGUGCCGCAAGCCAUUCCCGAAGGUCACGAAGUCGUUUCUUACGACGAUUCGCCUGCUAGCAUGCAUACAUCGCACCACCCCAAUGCUAUCCACGGCGAGCACAAGGAGCUCAUGAACCUGUCGCGGCAUAGCACGCCACAGCAGGCAAUGGAGGGUGCUUACCCUGGCGACCACACUACUCCGUCGCACGCACAUUCCCACAUGCCCAUGUCGAUGCACGCGGAGGAUUUUGCCAGCUUCAAUGGAAGCCCGAGCCAGAUGUAUCCUCAUGGUCCUAUGCAACUUCAACACCACGCUGUACAACGCACUGCCAAUGGUGUCUACCGCCGAGCUCGUAGUGCGACGGUCAGCGAGAUGGCACCAUACCCACAGAAGUCGCAUUCGUGCCCGAUCCCGAUGUGCGGUCGUCUCUUCAAGAGAUUAGAGCAUCUAAAGCGCCACGUACGCACCCAUACACAAGAGCGACCUUACAUUUGCAAUUUGUGCAACAAGGCCUUUUCGCGGUCGGACAACCUCGCGCAGCACAAGCGCACGCAUGAGACGAGUGCUGAUGGGACCGCGCCUUCGGAAGAGGAGAUGGAUUUUGAGGAGAUGGCCGGCGAUGACGCCGAAGCUGAAGACGCCGCUGUCACCUCAGCAUCUGCUUACGAGUCUAUCACCAUGACGACUGGUGCCGAAAUGCCUACUCACGUCGCCAUGCGUAGCUUGACUCACGACGAUAUGGGUCCGCCACAGAUGCUGCAUACUGGCCACUACCAAUAG